AGCAACACAGCAAAGGUAAGACAUUUCACAGAGUCAGGCUGCUAUUAAGGGAAUUUUACAUAAAACCUUUUGUAUUUUUUUACUCAGUGACGGUGUGAUUUUAUUCCUACAGAAUCACUAAACCGUAACGUCAUGGAAUCUUCUAAAUGUUGAUCAGAUUAUUAACGCGGCCGUGCUAAAUGUCCUCAGCCUUCAGCAUGCGGCUCAUCACCGUCAUCUCUGUGGCCUGCCUGCUGGUCGGUCCAUCCCUGGCUGGGAUCAAAGAACUCAGCUCUCACUUCACUGACCCUGAACCGGAACCCCGAGGCUUUGAACUUGGGGGGGCGGUGGAUAUGGAGACCGUUACGAACGACCUGGUUUUUGACGGUUUUGAGGAUGAAGAUUAUAUUGAUUUUGAUAAGAUCCUGGCUGCGGGCAGCGACGACUACACAGAAGGGGAUGAGAUCGACGAGAUCGCCACACCGGCCCCAGACAUCGACAUCUUUGCCGAACCCUCCGACCCCAAGAUCCGCCGCGCCAGACUCCUGCGGCUGUUCCACGGUCGGUCUCGCCUCCAGCGCCUCAACGUCGUCAACGCCCAUUUCGGCUUCAACCUCUAUCGGAGUCUCCGCAACGACGUCAACCAGAGCGACAACAUCCUGCUGGCGCCCGCUGGGAUCUCGGUCGCCAUGGGGAUGAUGUCUUUAGGGGCGGGACCUGGAACCCGGGAUCAGAUCUACAGAGCGCUGGGAUUCGCCGACUUUGUCAACGCAAGCCAUCACUACGACAACACCACAGUGCACAAGCUCUUCAGGAAGCUGACGCACAGGCUCUUCAGGAGGAACUUUGGUUACACGCUGCGCUCUGUGAACGACGUCUACGUGAAGAGGGACGUCGCGGUGAACGACGCCUUCCGUGCAGAGACAAAGGCUUAUUAUUAUGCCGAGCCGCAGUCGGUGGACUUCGGGGACCCUGCCUUCCUGAACAAGGCCAAUCGUCGCAUCCUAAAGCUGACCAAAGGGCUGAUCAAGGAACCGCUCAAGAGCGUGGACCCAAAUAUGGUGCUGAUGCUGCUCAACUACCUGUACUUCAAAGGUACAUGGGAACAGAAAUUCCCCAAGGAAAUGACUUACUAUCGCAACUUCAGAGUUAACGAAAAGACAAACGUGCGCGUGCCAAUGAUGACCAACAAGGGGAACUAUCUGGCUGCUGCCGACCACGAACUAGAGUGUGACAUCCUGCAGCUCCCUUACACGGGACACAUCAGCAUGCUCAUUGCCUUGCCGAGGAAGAUCACCGGCAUGAGGACCUUGGAGCAGGAGAUCUCUCCCACUGUUGUCAACAAGUGGCUCAAAAACAUGACAAACAGGACUCGAGAGGUGGUGUUACCUCGGUUUAAACUGGAGCAGAACUAUGACUUGAUUGCAAAUCUAAAGGAGAUGGGCCUCACUGACUUGUUCCAGGAGAGUGGAGAUUUCUCUGGAAUGACAUCCGAAAAGGUCUCCAUGAACUGGCUGAAGCACCAGGGAACCAUCACAGUGAACGAGGAGGGGACCGAGGCUGCUGCUCUGACCCAGGUGGGCUUCAUGCCCCUCUCCUCUCAGAUCCACUUCACUGUGGACCGCCCCUUCCUCUUCCUGAUCUACGAGCACCGCACAGACUGCCUUGUGUUCAUGGGCCGGGUGGUCAAUCCUUCACAGAACUAAACUCGACCUUUUAAACAGCUAAUAUAUUCCCUACAAAUUCAAUAUUUGGUUUGAAACAUCACCGUUUGAAAUACCUGGGGUGUUUUGUUAAUAAUAAAUUACUUCUGUUAUUACACUAUGUACAAUAAAACAUGAAGUAAUGAG